AUGGAAGCACCCUCUUGUACGACACAUAUGUCAUCUGUAAACUGUAACGAGGUCCUCAUCCGCUUCAGCUGCGGCCCUCAGCGCCGUGAGAACAGCCUCAACUACCUCGGCAUCGUCCUCCUCCAGGUCAUGAAUCAGGUCACCACGUACCCGAGCCAGCCCCUCGCGCAGCUCGCCAUUCAUCACCCAUCCAAUCAUCGGAUAGUCGUUCCAGAGGACACCUUCCAGCUCGCGAGAGAGCAGGUGAUCGACCAAGUCCGCUCCCAGAACCCGACUAAUCACCCCUUCAAAGACCUCCUCGCGGAACCAUUCACCCCCAGCUGUUGA